AUGGGGAAUGAUAGGCAGUUGGGUUUGGGCAAUGGCGUAGGUGGAGCGCCAGCAGUGCCAAGGCAGUGUAGUGAGGUGUGUGUUGUGCUAAGAUGCUGGUUGUUGGUGGAAUGUUUGUCGGCCAACUGUGUGUUGGAUGGAGUUGUGUACGACGAUGGGGAAUGUAAUGGGGUGGCACAGGAGGCGGAUUGUAUUAGGAUGGCGGCGAUCGGAUAUCGCGUUGGCAUGGAUGAUAGUUUGGGGAUCAUGGAUGUGUUGGCUGAUACCACGAGUUUGAGAAGAACAGAUGCCCGUUUGCGUGUGGAGAUGAUGGCGAUUGGAUAUUGUGUAGGCAUUGUAGAUGCUGGUCGUUGGCGAAACGUUUAUUGGCCAACUGCGUGUUGGAUGGAGUUGUGUAUGACGAUGGGGAAUGUUGGGUUGGGGGAAUGGCGUAGUUGGAGCGCCUGUAGCGCUGAGCUUGGGAAAGUGGCGGGCAUGGAUGCCUUUAUGCGAGGCGAGGUGGCGAUUGGCGCUAUAAGAUUAGACAGAUGCUGGUUGUUGGUGGAAUGUUUGUUGGCCAACCAACUGCGUAUUGGAUAG